CAGAAUGAGCACCCAAGUUGCUUCACUCUCUCUCUCUCUCCCUCUCCACCAAAAUAUCUAUCAACGCACAGACCACCACUCUCCAUCUCCAUGGAAGAAUCUCUCCUCUCCCUCUGAUCACUCUCCCAAUAGAACUCGCAAACACCACAUGAAUACUUCCACCUCCUCUAUCUCCUCCUCCUCCACCAUCGCCACCGCCGCGGCCACCUCCACCACCACCUCUUAACCCCCUCUCUCUCUCUCUCUCUCUCUCUCUCUCUCUCUCUCUCUCUCAACCCUAAACAAGAAAGAAACAGCAACACAGCCGCUUCCGACAGCAGGAAAUCAAGAACAAGAAAGAUGUCGGUCGAGGACUCGCUGAGAUCCCUGUCGAUGGACUACCUCAACCUCCUGAUCAACGGGCAGGCCUUCAGCGACGUCACCUUCAGCGUGGAGGGCCGCCUCGUCCACGCCCACCGCUGCAUCCUCGCCGCCCGCAGCCUCUUCUUCCGCAAGUUCUUCUCCGGAUCCGAAUCCCCCGGGGGGCCCUCCUCGGAUCCGUCCUCCGGGUCGGGCUCGAGGGUGUGCGCGCCUUCCUCGCCGCGGUCCGGGGUGAUCCCGGUGAGCUCGGUGGGGUACGAGGUGUUCCUUCUGCUGCUGCAGUUCCUGUACAGUGGGCAGGUCUCGAUCGUGCCGCAGAAGCACGAGCCCCGGCCCGACUGCGGGGAGCGCGGCUGCUGGCACACGCAUUGCACCUCCGCCGUCGACCUCGCCCUCGACACACUCGCCGCUGCCCGAUCCUUCGGCGUCGAGCAGCUCGCAUUGCUCACCCAGAAGCAAUUGGCAAACAUGGUCCAGAAGGCCUCAAUAGAGGACGUAAUGAAAGUGCUGAUAGCCUCGAGGAAGCACGAAAUGCAGCAGCUGUGGACCACCUGCUCUCACCUGGUCGCCAAAUCUGGUCUCCCACCUGAGGUCCUAGCCAAACACCUCCCCUUCGACGUGGUCACCAAGAUCGAAGAGCUCCGCCUUAAGUCGUCCCUCGCCCGCCAGUCCCUCGUGCCUCACCCCCACCACCACCCUCACCACCACCCUGGUCACCAUGAACUUGUCGCAGCUGCUGGCGCCGACCUCGAGGACCAGAAGAUUCGGCGGAUGCGGCGUGCCCUCGACUCUUCCGACGUCGAGCUCGUGAAGCUCAUGGUGAUGGGGGAGGGCCUCAACCUGGACGACGCACUGGCCCUUCACUACGCGGUGGAAAACUGCAGCCGGGAGGUGGUCAAGGCGCUGCUCGAGCUCGGGGCUGCCAAUGUGAACUGCCCUGCGGGGCCUGCGGGGAAGACCCCACUCCACGUCGCGGCCGAGAUGGUGUCCCCCGAUAUGGUGGCAGUCCUCCUCGACCACCAUGCGGACCCCAAUGUCCGCACAGUCGAUGGGGUCACCCCGCUCGAUGUGCUCCGCGCCCUCACCUCCGACUUCCUGUUCAAGGGGGCCGUGCCGGGGCUGGCCCACAUCGAGCCCAACAAGCUCCGGCUCUGCCUCGAGCUCGUCCAGUCAGCGGCUCUUGUGAUCUCGCGUGAGGAAGGGAACGCGAACGCAUCCUCGCACUCGAACAACAGCAUCUAUAACCCGCCAAUGAGCGAAGGGCAUAGCAGCGGAAGCAGUGGAGGGAACAUGUCCAAUGUGAACGUUGAUUCGAGAAUGGUUUAUCUCAAUCUUGGUGCUGCUCAAAUGGGGGUGGACUGCAGCGACGAAGCCGAGACCGGCCGUCACAGGCAAAGGCAAAGGACGCAGCAAGUGGCUUGCGACCCUUCUUCGUUGUACCACCAUCAACGUCCAGACUUUUAGCUCCGAUAUCCAACAACAAAAAACCACUGAAACAUUAUCUUCUUCGAAUCCAUAUAUAGUAUUAUAUCAUAGAGAACAGAAAGUUCCCAAUUAGACGCUCAUUUGCUGAUUCAUAGGAUCUCUCAUUUUCUUCUCUACUUAUUCUUCUCUCUCUCUCUAUAUGUUCUGGGUGUUGGUUGUUCUUGCUUCUUGUAGGGUUUCUUUGGAUGAUCAUAUUCACAUCAAGAAGAGAGAGAGCAAAGUGCCAUUUCAUAGAUGGGACGUGAUGUCUUCGAUCAGUCGGAUGGGACAAGGAGAGAGAAUCUGGUGAGUCCUUGCAGACGUUGAAGAGGAGAUCGGUCGGAUAUAAUAGAGAGAGAGAGGCUAGAGAAGAGAGAGAGAGACGCAAGUCAAUCUUUUCAAGCCCCGGCCAGUCGUCGAUGCUCUCGUGUAUUUAUUGGUAGCAGAUGGUACAUCUAUCUAAGUUAAGUUUAUAUCCAUAUAUAUUCAUUGCCCGUC